UUCGUGGUUUUGUCGAGCUUGAUUCCAUUGUCGGAUUGACUGGAUGGAGGCGAAACAUUCCGUGAAGUUCGUUGACUGCAGGCGAGCAAUUGUAGUCAGUGACAUAGCGUGUUACCAUGUCAGUAUGUUUAGAUAUUUACUGACGGCGAAAAGGCGUCGUUUCCGUGAUGACGGUCACCGCGGUAGUGGCGUUUUAAUGAUGGCUGAACUCAAAACUUAAGCUGAGUUGCAAACUUUGAGCAAAGGAGCUGGAGACCUUUUCCCCCAAACUUUCCUUGUUAUUGCUAUAGAAACAACAACAUGGCAAACACCGUUUCUCUUGUGAUAAGGGCAUUUGCUUUAAGUUUGUACUUCGUUCCAUGCAAGUGUUUAUUUUCAAUACCGCUGAAAAUCUAUACAGGGAAGUACAAUUUAUCUUCGGCUGUGGAUUUGACUCCUCUGAGGCAAGUCAUGUUAACGUCUGAUGGAAACGGCCUCUCAUUGGCCUCUGAUCCAACCGGGACUGUGAACUUUCUGGACAUGGUAAAUAACCUGCAAGGGGACUCUGGAAGAGGCUACUAUAUAGAAAUGUCCCUUGGUACCCCAGGCCAAAAGCUGAACAUCCUGGUUGAUACAGGCAGCAGUAACUUUGCCGUGGCAGCAUCUCCACACCCCUUCAUUACUCAUUACUUCAACACUGCACUCUCCAGUUCAUAUGAAUCAACUGGGCGGACUGUAGCUGUUCGGUACACCCAGGGUAACUGGGAAGGGGAACUAGGCAUCGACCGGGUCUCAAUCCCAAAGGGCCCAAAUGGAACCAUCAUCAUCAACAUAGCUGCCAUCCUCACUUCUGAUGGCUUUUUCCUUCCUGAGGUUAACUGGCAGGGCAUCCUUGGUCUGGCCUAUCCAAUGCUGGCACGGCCCGACUCGUCCGUGGAACCAUUUUUCAACUCUUUGGUGAAACAGACGGGAAUUCCAGACAUCUUUUCCCUCCAGAUGUGUGGUGCUGGACUGUCAGCCAGCAGCACAGUGGACGUGGCAGGGGGCAGUCUUAUUAUGGGAGGCGCUGAACCAACUCUCUACAGGGGGUCGGUGUGGUACACCCCUGUAGUAGAGGAGUGGUACUACCAAGUUGAGGUUUUGAAGCUGGAGGUUGGCGACCAGAAUCUAGACUUGGACUGCAGGGAGUAUAACAUGGAUAAAGCUAUAGUUGACAGUGGGACGACACUGCUGCGUCUUCCUGUCAACGUCUUCAAUGCCGUGGUAGCAGCCAUCACACGCGGCUCUCUGAUCCAGGAGUUUUCUUCAGGGUUCUGGGAGGGCACAAAGCUUGCAUGCUGGAUGAAGGGAGAGACGCCCUGGAGGUUUUUCCCAAAGCUGUCCAUCUAUCUUAGGGCAACAAACACCAGCCAGUCCUUUCGCAUCACCAUCUUGCCUCAGCUGUACAUUCAACCAAUCACAGAUGUGGAUGGAACCUUAGAUUGCUUUCGUUUUGGCGUGUCGUCCUCAUCCAAUGGACUGGUAAUAGGUGCAACUGUUAUGGAAGGCUUUUACGUGGUGUUUGACCGCGCCCAACGGAGACUGGGCUUCGCGCUAAGCAACUGUGCCGUGAACAGUGGGAUUGCUCUGUCGGAGAUCGCAGGACCCUUCUCAGCAGCAGAUGUGGCAGGCAACUGCUCUAGCGGGCCGCUAAAGGAGCCUCUCCUCUGGGUGAUCUCCUACGCCCUGAUGGCGGUCUGUGCCUUCGUCCUCAUCAUCCUGCUGCUUCUAUUAGUCCUGCCCUGCCGAGGCAGACGACACUCGGGGGAGAUAACUGACGAGUCCUCGUUGGUCCGCCAUCGCAUCAAGUGACUGAGAGGAAAGAAACAGGAGGGCAGGGUGAUCAGACAGGGGGACAGCAUGCAGGGCCAAACCACAGCAGAGGACAUAGGGGUUACACUUAACCUGCACCAAUCAGUGACACUCAUCUCUGAAUGCCUGACAGACUCUAGACUGAACUCAUCAGGUUGCCCUGUGGAGGUUGAAACAGACAGAUCAAUGGCUUCUUGAAGGGAACAUUUACCCUGAAAACAACUCUUAAAGACAGAUAUUGAUGUAUUAAUUAUGUUUCAUUGUCAUGUUUUGGGCACAUCUUACUUGGCCUCAGUUGAUUACUGGUCAUAUGUCACAUGUUGUAUGACGUUUCUUCCUAACAGCAGGAGGGAAACACUCAUUGGUGCAUUUUUAAGACUUUAAUUAUCCCUGUAAUCAGUGAUGUCAUGUUUGUUGUGCCAUACUUUGUUUCAGAGUUAACCUUCACAUCUUCUAAGGAGUUUAGUUCACGCCUGUGUGUGUUGAAAUUAAAAAGCUGCUUAAACAAUCACUCUAAAUAGAAAGACUUUCACUUAAAGUGAAAAACAGAUUUACAGCCCUGUUUGUGCCUUGACGCCUCCGCUGACUGGUCAUAUAAAAGUGACACACAUGCACCAGCAGCGUGAGACUUACUCUGCUGAACUGCACUUUGUUUCUGAAGUCAAUCAAAGUUGUAUUAUAAAUCUAAAGAUCUUUUGUUUUCAAUCUGUAAUGUAACUUGUUUUGUUAAUGUAAUUUUGAUUAACCUAUAUACCACUAACUAUAUUUAAUUCUCUUUGAAUGUGAUUGUAAUAGUUUUCCAAAUUGUGUUUUGUAGCCACUAGAUGCUGAAUGUUUAGUACAAACUCAGCUCAUUGUGUACAAAUCUACAUUACAGCCAAAGGACACACUCCUUCUACUUACCUGCUGACUUUAGAUUACUUUUUAAAAGGGUGACCGGUCCAUAUGCAAUAAGUGAGUUUCUUGACAUACUGACAGCUGCUUAUGUAAAGCCAAUGACACAACACGUAAAACCUGUUCUACCUUGAGACUGCUGCACAUCAGUUCAGCCAGUCACCAUCUGCCAAAAAGUAGAGUAGUACAAUCGAAGGAACACUUGAAUCUUUGAAUGUUCCCUUAUCCAUAAGCAUAGUUUUUGUCCCCAAAACUGUCCAUGUUUUGUCAACAAAAGAACUUGUGACCAAAUCAAAGAUGUAAAUCUUUUUAAAUUAAUAAAUAUUUUUCUGGAAAAGGUUA